CAAACCGAAAACUGCAGACAUUACUAGUGCCUCCCCCGCUAUCAAACAGACUAAAAAAAAAUUAAAUGAAACGCAGCCGAACAUGAUCAGGAAUCUCAACUAGCAAGCAAGUUGCAGCAAUGAAGAAUUGAGUGCAAAACAGGGCAGGGGGGAGCUUUUCGGGCACAACACCGGAUCUUACAGGGAGAAACAGUGGAUGUCAGACCAAAGCGGGGAGACAUCAAAGCCCUGUUUUUGCUGUUUGGGGACAGGACAUUCACAGCAGACCUGCCGUUACAAGGAGUUCCAAUGCAGAGCGUGCCAGAAGACUGGACAUCUUGAAAGGGCUUGCAAUGGGGAGAGUAUCUGCUGGGAACAGCGCUUUUUCUAAACAACGCUCUCAAACAGCGCACUCUAAUCCAGUGAAGGAGACACACUACUUGACAACAGAUCAAGUUGAGGAGGCAGAACUGCUAUUGCCUGCAGGCUCCAGCACAGUCGGAAAUCACCCGUCAGAAAAGGACUUUUUAUUGUGUGUAGUGAUCAUGGGCGACCAAGAUGUUUAUGACAGACUGUCUGGGUCCCAGACAGACGGAGAGAUGGGCGAAGAGAAAGGAGAAAGCGAAGGAGAGAGUGAAAAGAGGGGGUCGUGGACAGGCGCUGAGAGUUUGUACCAGUUCUCAUCCUCUCUACGUGCUGUGGUUCGCAUUAGACAGAAAUACCUGACCAUGAAGAAACGACGGCUGGAGUUAGCCGGGCUGGGUGUAGUAGGGCCAGUGGUAGGGGCUGGUCUCUUCACUGGGGCCCCUGUUCGCACCAGCCCCAAAAUCUUCACCUUUGAGGGGUUGACCCCCUCCAGCACCACCACGACCUUCUCCUCGCUCCUCCAAAAGAGGAAGAAGAAGAAGAGGUCACGGCGGGUCAUGUUCCCCAGUGGAGGGGGGUGCAGGGCCCCUGUCAUAAAGGAACACAGCCGAGCAAAGAACUGCCUCUUCCUCCUCUGCACCAUCCUCUUCCUCCAGGUGUAUAAUGCCAUAGAAAACCUUGACGACCAUGUCCUGAGGUAUGACCUGGAGGGAUUAGAGAAGACUCUAUGCAGGGAGGUGUUUGGCCAGCAGGGGGCGAUGGAGGCUCUGUUAGCCCAACUCAGAGACUACCUCUCUACCUACGUCCACAAUAAACCCCUGGUCCUCUCCUUACAUGGAACCAGCGGCGUGGGGAAGAGCCACGUAGGGAGACUCCUAGCUGGGCACUUUCGCUCAGUAGUGGGGGAGCCCCUGGUUCUCCAGUACUUUGUGUUGCACCACUGCCCCCUGGAGGAUGACGCCUGGCGAUGCGCCCGAGCGCUGACGAUCUUAGUGUCGGAGACGGUGCUGAGAGCAGAGGAGGAGGAGAAAAUUCCAGUAUUCAUCUUUGACGAAGCAGAGCACCUUCACCCAGAGCUGCUUGAUGCGCUGCGGGAUCUGGUGCAAUCAAAACUCUCCAACGAAUACCUUAACGCAGUCUACCUGUUCCUUAGCAACCAAGGACACAAUCACAUCACUAAGCACCUGCUGCACAACUCCUCCAGCGACUCCAUGAUGACCGUGUCUGAGUACCAUGGCAACUUCGUCAAGGAGCUGACCCCGUUGUUGCGGAACACUCUGGAGAUGCUCCACCCACUGUGGGCAGAAGCUGAACUCAUACCUCUGACCCUGCUGGAGAAAGGUCAUGUGACAGAGUGCUUCCUGGAUGAGAUGAUGAGGGAGGGGUUCUACCCGGACCGUACCAACAUUGAGAGGCUGGCAGGGGAGAUAGAGUACUACCCCGUGGUAUGGGGCCGGGUGUAUGCCCGGACAGGCUGUAAACAGGUUGUGGCGAAGGUCAACCUGCUAUGAGAGACCUACAGAGGGAUGUUGAGAUGACAGACAGGGACCGAGAAAGACGUGUCCUGAGAAAAGAUACUACUGGACAGUGUCAGUGGCAGUUCCAAUAACUGUUUUGGCCCAUAGUCUUUUGGAGCCUAAAGACUUUUGGUGUUUCUUGUGAUCCAUCAAGCAAACAAAGCCCACGUUACUCGCCAGAACCCACCAUUGGGGGAAAAACAUUGUCGUAUGUCUGAGAAUGAGGAGUAUCUCCACGAUGAAGGCUAAUCAUGUCAGAUAAUCGUCUUUUCUACGUUCUGUAACGAGCCCCUUGGUUACUAGAUAAUUACCAUUUAGGUAUGAGAUAGGAUAGGUAGGGCUAAUAUCAUAGCCUGCACAUCUGGAGAGGAGUCAAAAUCAGGAGUUGUGGUCAUGGUGAAGCACCACUGCUCAUUCUCCCACGAUGCUGUUAGGCAAACUACUGACAGUAAUACAGACCCCGCUCCCAAUAGAGCCUUCAAACUCAAAUCUGGACCCCGAAGCCAGUUCCACUUAAUUUGUUCAUUGUUCCCUUCUAAUCAGGAACUGAUUUAGACCUGAGACAACAGAUGUGUGCAAUUAGUUAUCAGGGCUAAACAAAAACCAGCAAGCUCCAGACCUCGUAGUGUAAGAGUUGAAUAACACCGUAAUAGAGGAAGAUAUUAGUAAUCGUACCAAAUGAGUCUGGUUGUGGCAAUGACAAAGACAGGGCCAAGAGCAGCACGGGAAAAUGUGAUGAAGUAGUUGUAUUUUGUUAACAUACUAUAUUGAUUAAACUGUAUCAUGCUUUCUGAA